CUUCCCAUCAUGCAACUGGAAAAUGUGUUAUAGGUUUACAGGAGACACCUGACGGAAAGAGGAUGGCUCGUAGAGGCCGUAUGUUCAAUACCGAGGAUUCAUAUAUGCCUUCUAUCUCUCUGUCUCCUGUUCGGUCCCGCAGAUUUUCAAGAAAUAGGCCCUGACAGUCAGACAAACAAACGUUUAGUUAUGGAACGUGUACCCUUACGUCUUGCAAAAGCCUUUUAGUUUGUUGGAGAUUUAUCCUUGGAGAACUAACGCAACUCCUUGUUUUGCUGUCUGACUGUAUGGCCAUGACAACAGCAUCGGCAACAACACCGCAGCAAAUGAGAGACCGAUUGCUCCAAGCUAUUGAUUGUCAAAGUAAUCAGAUCCAUAAUAUGGUAGUUGUUUUGGAUGUAAUAUCCAGCUUGGAGAAAUACCCUAUCACCAAGGAGGCACUUGAGGAAACCCGGCUUGGAAAGUUGAUAAAUGACUUGAGGAAGAGGACCAGGAAUGAGGAUCUUGCUAAGCGUGCAAAGAAGCUUCUGCGUAACUGGCAGAAGCUGAUAGAGCCACAACAAAAUGAAAUAUCGCCAAAAGUACUUUCUACCACUGCAAGCUCCACUGUCAAAUGCAGCCAGAGUCUGUCACUGCCCAUUUCAAGAGCUGUUCAAGCUGUGACAGAUGUUGACAAGAAGUCCGCCUUACCCAACAGUUGCUCCCAAGCAGAAAAGUUGCGUCCUGUCAAUCAUUCAAGUGGGCAGAAACCAGAUGAGAACCUAUCAACACUGAAGGUCUCAAAAACAUCAGUCUGUGGACAGAUAUCAGCAGUGUCCUCAACCAGUGAACAUGGGGGUACAGAAGCUUUUUCUGGUGGAGCUGUUCCAACAAGUCCUACUUCGAUCAAGCCUCAUUUCAGUUCUUCUGAGCUCAACAAACAACCCAGUACUUCCACGGUCCUCAGGACCUCAGUAUUGCAACAAUAUGGACGAAGGGACAGAGCUGCUUCUGAGAGAGGACAGCACAAAUGCCAGAGCCACUACACACCUUCUACUCUUAGAACAGUCAAGCAAUUAGUAGCGACUAAGUGGCCAACGUCUCUUGCUGUCUCAGACUCUGAAAACUUUUCUGCAUUGCUACUAAACUCUUCCAUCCAGACUCACACUGAGAGUCUACAACCAAUGGAGUCCUUGCCACAGUGGGAAAAUGAUCCCCACCAAAAUGGUGAAAAGACACUCGAGCAAACAAAUAACUUGCAAAAUAAAUCAAAAUGUUUAGUAAGGCUCCAGUCAGGCUUGCUCAGUGAGGUUACGAAUGUGGAAACUGAAAAAGAUGCCAUUCCUUCUGAGGGAAGGAGGAGGAAGCUUCAGUUGAGAGACUACUCGACCAGUCUGGAUGGACGUUCCACAGAGGACACUUGUAAAGGUGCUCGAGUGAAAAAUCGUAAAUUAACCUUUGAUCCCUUCACACAACAAAUCAGAUCUUCAGUGGUGAGUCAGAGUGAGGAGCAGCACAGUUCAGUGGUUGAUGUUAAUGAGUCAGACAGCUUUAAGCAGAGCCCUUCUACUUCUUCACUGAGUUCUUUGCACAAGACAAGCUGGAAAGAGUUGUCUCAAAAUGAAAUUGUCAAAUAUUAUUUAAACCUUCAGAAUAAUUUGUUAAAAACCUCUGGAAGUCAAUCCCCAGGUUCAAAUUUUUUUAUGACCGAAAAACAUGAGGAAGAUCAUGUGAGAGACUCCAGCAAAACCUGUGUACUCGUGCCAAGCAUCACUGAGACAGACUUGCCAGGGAUAUGCCGGGACAUUACAAUAGAAGACCUCAAUAGAAUACACAACAAGCACUGGCCAGGCGUUAAUGGCUGUUAUGACAGCAAAGGCAAUUGGUAUGGCUGGACUCAGUGCAUAUCUUUAGAUCCAUAUGUGGAUGGAAGUAAAUUAAAUAUUUUACCAUAUGUUUGCAUAGACUAAACACUUCUCAGCAUCAAACAUGUUUGGCCAUAUUUAUGUUUAUAUAUGAAUUGUUUUCUAAUGUUUUGUAGCUAUUCAUUUUAACUUUAACUGGAGGGUGGGAAUUUUAUACACGCAACUUACCCAUUGCAUGUGAGCAUUGUUCAUUUUCAUGCUUCAAAUAUUGCUGCCUUAAGCAGUGAGUGGCCAAACAGUGAAGCCAAUUUCAGUUGGUCUACGUUUCCUAACUCAAACCAUUUCAGAUAAUACAUUUCUUCUGUUAUGUACAUUUUACAGACCUUUUUUUUUGUGAUGCGUAAUGGGUUGUAUUACCAAUGUGAUUUCUCUUGUGCAUAUUUGUCCUGCGGCGAAAGUCUUUUCAAGUACCUAAUUUUAUUCCUGUUGAUCUUAUCGGGAUAUUUUUGUAGUAUUAUAAGAUGCGUUACCCCAAUAAAUGGCCCAGCCAUUACCCAACAU